AUGUUGAAUUCUCACUCAUACCUCGUCAUCACCAAACCAGAUCUGGCAACCAACAUUGAAAUUGGAACAUUAGCGACAUGGUCAUUAUCUUCUUCUAAGCCUGGAUUUGGAGUCGACCAGCUACGUGACGACUCUGUAGACACAUCUGAUGGACCACAACCACAUCUUGUCAACAUUCAGUUUCCCAAGAAGAUGUCUGUUUCGACGGUAGCCAUAUACCUGGACUAUAAACAAGACGAAAGCUAUACACCGACCAAGAUCUCAGUUCGUGCUGGUAAUCAUUUUCAAGAUUUGCAGGAAGUCAAUUUGAUCGAAUUCGAGGAACCUGUUGGAUGGACUUGUCUUCCCUUGAAUUCUGCGUCUCCCGAACAACCAAUACGAACACACCUGUUACAGUUUGCUGUAAUCAGCAACCACCAGAAUGGCAAGGACACUCAUAUUCGACUCAUCAAGAUAUAUGGAUUGAGACCAACAUUGCAAACACACUCAUCAGAUGGUCUUCCUCCAUACUCGACAGUCCAGUUUCAAAUGCAGGCUGUUGAGAGGCUCUAG